CAAAAUAUUUCCUUUUUAAACACAAACGGGACGAGCACCACCACCUCUCUGCAACUAAGAGAGAGAAGAAGAAGGAAGAGAUAAUAGAGAUAGUAAGUGGGAGGGCUUACAGACUCACGAACGCAGAAUCUAGGGUUUCGUUGGUAAAAAUUCCUUUUCCAUUUGAAGUCGAUUGUUUCAUUAUCCUCAUCUGCGUUAGAUUCUAGCAGGCUAUAGAAGAUGGCAGACUCUGAGGAUAUUCAGCCCCUCGUCUGUGAUAAUGGAACGGGAAUGGUCAAGGCCGGAUUUGCUGGAGAUGACGCUCCAAGGGCUGUGUUCCCUAGUAUUGUCGGUCGCCCUCGCCACACCGGUGUGAUGGUUGGUAUGGGACAGAAAGAUGCGUAUGUUGGGGAUGAAGCUCAAUCAAAGAGGGGUAUCUUAACUUUGAAAUACCCAAUUGAGCAUGGUAUUGUGAGCAACUGGGAUGACAUGGAGAAAAUCUGGCAUCACACUUUCUACAAUGAGCUUCGUGUGGCCCCAGAAGAGCACCCAGUUCUCCUCACUGAAGCACCUCUCAACCCAAAGGCUAAUCGUGAGAAGAUGACUCAAAUCAUGUUCGAGACCUUCAACACUCCUGCCAUGUAUGUUGCCAUCCAGGCUGUUCUGUCUCUAUAUGCCAGUGGUCGUACUACUGGUAUUGUCUUGGAUUCUGGGGAUGGUGUCAGCCAUACAGUUCCCAUUUAUGAAGGUUAUGCCCUACCACAUGCCAUCCUGCGUCUUGACCUCGCAGGACGUGAUCUCACUGAUGCGUUGAUGAAAAUCUUGACGGAGCGCGGUUAUUCUUUCACCACCACUGCUGAGCGGGAAAUUGUGAGAGACAUGAAGGAAAAGCUAGCUUACAUUGCUCUUGACUACGAGCAAGAGCUAGAGACAUCCAAGACCAGUUCAUCUGUUGAAAAGAGCUAUGAGUUACCUGAUGGUCAAGUAAUCACCAUUGGAGCUGAACGUUUCCGUUGUCCUGAGGUUCUUUUCCAGCCUUCAAUGAUCGGUAUGGAAGCUGCUGGAAUUCACGAGACUACAUACAACUCUAUCAUGAAGUGUGAUGUGGAUAUCAGGAAGGAUCUUUAUGGAAAUAUUGUUCUCAGUGGUGGUUCCACUAUGUUCCCUGGUAUUGCUGAUAGGAUGAGCAAGGAGAUCACUGCACUUGCACCAAGCAGCAUGAAAAUCAAGGUCGUUGCUCCCCCAGAGAGGAAGUACAGUGUCUGGAUUGGAGGAUCUAUCUUGGCAUCCCUCAGCACCUUCCAACAGAUGUGGAUUGCCAAGGCUGAGUAUGAUGAAUCUGGUCCAUCAAUUGUUCACAGGAAAUGCUUCUAAUGAGAUGGUACACUAAAGAGAUGUGGAUGAUGAAGAAAAAAGUAUUGUCGUUUUUAAUGCCUCUGGGAUAUUAUUGUGCCUUGUUACUUCUAUUUCUUCCUCAUAUAUCAUUUUGGUUCUAAGCCUUCCUCUCAUUUUUAUGUCAGUACAAUGAAUGAUGUUGAAGGGUCCUAAAACCCAAUUUUUUCAUUAUUAUUUCUCCUUAGAAGAUGUGUAUUAAGGUACUGCUGUGGUUUGGGUUUAAACAUUAAAUGCGGUUCACUGCUUCUCUAGAUUCCUUUUAACCAAUUUAAAUUCAAUAAAAAUAUUUUUCACGA